AUGGGCCCCGGGGGGAUACAUGGGCCCCGGCAGGGUGGGCCCCGAUUGGCAGGGCGGUCGGCGGGGCUAGUAAGGUGGCGCGAUUUUUGCCAGCGGCCACGGGCACGUACUUUCUUACUCGCGGGCGCGCCGGGCAUUAGCCGGCCGCUGGCAGUGCAAGCACUGAAGCCUGCGCGCCGCAAACCGCUGGCGCGGGCGCGUGAGCAGCCAAGCUUUAUUGACGCGGCCUCCGCACAGCAUGCGGCUGCGGUCAUAUGAUGGUCGUCCGCAGCAUUUAUGGGGCCGCGCGCCCGUUCUGAGCGACGCAGCCCCGCACCAAAUUAAGAGGGCAGCUGCAGGCGUCGCGCCGUCUCCCCCCUUCGAGUGUUUUGUGUGAUGCCAGUGAAA